UUGUGAGUUUUCAGAUUCAUGUUGAUGGAAAGACACCUCUUCUUAUCAGAAACAAGAUAUUUAUGGACAAGAUUGUCUCUAUCCAAUGGCGAGGAAGGUUGAUCCAUGUGCUUGAUUAACUCUUAAAACGUUUUGGAUGUGUCCUUUGGAGGCUGAUGUCCUUUCAAAGAUCAUCCAUCUUCUACGUUCGAAUUAAGAUACAAUCUUCUUAUUUUUAUGCAUUCGCUCUCCUGGCAUACAUUUAGUUCAUAGAACAAGAGAUGGACAUUCAGGAAAUUCUUGGCUUUAAGUUGUCGCCGGCAACAGUGUAUUUUGAGGAUGGACGGCCUCUUUCUCGAGUGACGAAGCAUCGUGGUGCAUAUCUCAAUAAGUUCCGUGCUCCCGCUGACUUAAAAACUAUCGAUUUUAAUCAUGAUUUAGGGUCAUACAUCCCUCCAAAAAUUGUGAAAAGAUCAACUUCAAGUCAAGGUGAAAAAAAAUUGAGAAUCAAGAAAAAAAAUCCACUUGGAUCCACAAAACAAGUUGUUGACACAAAAGAAAAGAAACAGGAGUUUGACGCUCUCUCAAAUGCCAGUACCAAGACUAUAAACACCCUGAAACAAGACGCAAGCGCUAAUGAGUGUGGAUAUUCUCAGACAUCAGAUAAUGAGGAUCGUAUUUCUACUCUAUCAUGUCCAAAAUCUGUUCCCUCGGAAACUAUCGAAAUCUGCACAUGUGAUGUGCACAGGCACAUCACAUGUGAAGACGAGAAGAUGUGCCAAGACGAUUUUUACGAUCCUCAAUUAUCUCAAGGAUGGUUUAAAAAGACACUUCAACAAUAUGAAGAUCUUCAAAAGGAAAUCUCAGAUUCUUCGAAUCCUUGGGACAUGAAUGCUACUCAAGAAAUUUCUUGGAAACAGAUGAUGGAAAAAAUUGAUCAAUUACAAGAUGAAAAUAUUGCAUUGAGAAAGACCGUUAGAGAUCUAAAGGAGCAACAGAACUUCGAAAAGCAAUAUGAUGAUGGAGCUUUGGACGAAUCAAAAGCUUAUAACCAGCGACCCCCCGAACUGUCACUUUCUGAUCCCGAACUGCGCAAGAGGAUCCUAGAAACCUUGAAGAAAAGUGUCCAGAAAAUAGAAAAUCUGAUGCUUGCAUUAAGGGAUGAGCAGGAAAAAUCUAGGAGAUUGAGUAUUCAAUUGCAGGGAUUUCUUUCAGCUUCCAAGGAUAGGACGCCACAGCCAAGUCCACCUGGGAGCAGAUCUACAAGUCCACAAUGAUCUGAUAGAAUUGAUAACUCUCCGGGCUGUAACCUUACCUCAUCCAUGUGGAUGCAAGACACAGCAACACAUCAAUCAUCCAGCCAAAAUUGCAACGAUGAAUAAGAGAUAAAGACCUAGCCUCUCAAGAGGCCAGGUACGUGGCACCUUUCAUACAAGGUUUCAUUCAAAGUAUGAUAAUAAUAUUCAACACUAGAAAAAAUAUUAAUAGAAGACAAAACUUUUCUGGAUAAGUGUGAGAAUCAUAUAUUUUAAAAAAUAAAAAUAAGAGGUUCUUGAUUAUCACUAGAAUUCUCAUCUUCUACCUCAUAUUGUUGCUUCUCCACUUAUAUAAGUACGACUCUUCGAUUGAAGUAUCACCAACGUCUUAGUUGUCCUCAUACAAUCAAGAAUAACUAGUGUGAAAUUGGAGAUUUGAUAUAGAGACACUCACCUAAC